AUGGCGCGUGGAGGGCUUCGUGACCAUGUUCGCCACAGUAGAUUUUGGAUGGUAGCCUGGUUCCUGGGCACUUUCUGGCACGCGCUUGGGCGAGAGACAUUUGCUGGCAUCUUGCAGAAGCGGAAACACGUCAGCCUCAGAGCCAGGGACUUUGAGUCCGAGCUGUCUGUACAGCAGAUGUUGAAGAUGCAUCGAAAGCGGAAUCCUGACAGAGUUCCUCAGACGGAAAGCCAGCCAGAGGCAACCGCCGUUCUGACGCCCGAGGUGUUGGCAGCAAAACCGAGCUGGCUCCAGUUGAAACCAGCGGCAGAACUCCCCUGUGUCUUCACGCCCCGCGAGGAAGGCGUGAGGAAGCUCGGAGAGCCAAUUGAAUUGAAGUUCUGGCAACAUGCAUAUGUUCGACUUUGGCAACAUGCACGUCUUCACACUGGCGGGGCUGUUGCUGUCCGCUACAGCCGCGGCUCCCUUGCGCGAAGCCCCCAUGCUUUUGCACUGUGGCCCUCAGCACCAAGGGAGCGCAGUAUGCAAGGGCUGGUUCUGGGUAUGUUCAAUCUCACCGCAGGAAGCCGAGUGGAGCCAAAGCUGCCACUGAUUGCCUUUUUUUGCAGCUCAAUGAGGACCUUUCUUCUUGCGGAAAUGCGAUAUCUUGGAGCGGGCAGCCCAGAGGAGGUUGAGGCUAACGAGCCGGUCGAGCUGAACGCGUUCCUUCGAAGCUUGGCAGAAGUCUGGAGAAGCCCACGCCUUUGA